AUGGAACCUCCACAGUUGCAAUUCGAGCAACCACUCCAAGACAUCGAAGUUCAACAAGGAGACUCGAUCACACUCUUCUGCAGUGUUUUCGGAGCACCUCAGGCAGCCAUCAAGUGGUUACAUCGGGGACGAGUUGUUGCCGCGUACACAGCGCCAUCAGUGGAAUCCGCAGUGCACGCAACUCGCAUCGCAAGUGGAUUGAUCGAGACCAAACUCUUCGUGCCGUGCGUGACUCGACACUCCCUCGGUGAAUACACCUGCGAAGCAACAUCGCCUUGCGGCGAAGUGAUCUCAUCGACAGCUGUUGUCGGUCUUUCCAAUUCAUUCAGAGGUGCUAAACCAUCAUGCAAUGUGACCCGCAAAGCGAUUCCGCCGACAAUCGCAGUCUCAACAGUGUCACGGCUCGAGUUGGCCGGCUCUCCGGUCCAGCUGAUGUGCCGAGCGACUGGAGUGCCAAAGCCAAAAGUCGUCUGGCAACGAAUAACUGACGACGAUGAGCUUGAAGAAAUCAACAGCGAAUCAAAUAUGGUGCUCUCGAACGGUGACCUCUUGGUAGUAGCAGACCUUCAGGUGGCUACCGAAUCCUAUCGAUGCACGGCGAGAAAUCCGAGCGGGACCGCUUCAGCUGAUAGUACGAUAGUGUUUGUUGACGAGAAUUGA